CCUCCAUCAUCCUCAAUCGCACAUUCUGCGACCGCAACCACAGCAUCAUGGAGGCUAGCGUCCUACCCUUCACCCUGCCCUCCCUGCCCGAGGGCUGGGAGGCUGAGAACAGCUUCAAGGCCAUUGGCAAGACCACUCAAGGCGGCACGACGCAGCGAACUUUGGAACCCGUCGGCCCUUACUUCCUCGCCCACGCCCGCCGUGCGCGCCACAAGCGCACUUUCUCCGAGGACGAUCGUAUACAGGCCCAAGAGCGCGCUAAGAAGGUUGAGGACAACGAUGACAGCGAGAUUAGCGAGCCCGAGGACCCCAUGAUGCUGCAGCGCGACGCCAAGGAUUGGAAGACGCAGGACCAUUACAAGGUGCUCGGCCUGUCCAGGUACCGCUGGAAGGCCACCGAGGAGCAGAUCAAGCGUGCCCAUCGCAAGAAGGUGCUGAAGCACCACCCCGACAAGAAGGCCGCCGCCGGCCGCGCCGACGACGACAACUUUUUCAAGUGCAUUCAGAAAGCCACCGAGGUGCUGCUCGACCCGGUCAAGCGCCGCCAGUUCGACUCGGUCGACGAGGAGGCCGACGUCGAGCCGCCGACCAAGAAGCAGCUGGCCAAGGGUAACUAUUACAAGCUCUGGGCCCACGUCUUCAAGUCCGAGGCCCGCUUCAGCAAGGUGCACCCGGUUCCGUCGUUUGGCGACGAGAACUCGACCAAGGAGGAGGUUGAGAACUUUUACAACUUCUGGUACAAUUUCGACAGUUGGCGCUCGUUCGAGUACUUGGACGAGGAUGUGCCCGACGACAACGAGAACCGCGACCAGAAGCGGCACAUGGAGCGGAAAAAUGCCAACGCGCGCAAGAAGAAGAAGGCUGAGGACAACGCACGCUUGCGCAAGCUGCUCGAUGACUGCUCCGCCGGCGAUGAGCGCAUCAAGCGCUUCCGCCAGGAGGCCAACGCCGCCAAGAACAAGAAGCGUCUCGAGCGCGAAGCCGCCGAGAAGAAGGCCGCUGAGGAGGCCCGCCUGAAGAAAGAAGCGGAGGAGAAGGCCGCCAAGGAGGCCGAGGAGAAGGCCAAGGCUGAGCGCGAGGCAAGCAAGAAGGCAAAGGAGGCGGCUAAGAAUGCUGUCAAGAAGAACAAGCGCGUGCUGCGCGGCUCGGUCAAGGACGCCAACUACUUUGUCGAGGGCGAUGCGUCUGCAGCGACCAUCGACGCCGUUUUGGGCGACGUUGAGCUCAUCCAGGGCAAGAUCGAUGCCGACGAGCUGGCUGCUUUGGCUGGCAAACUCAACGGCCUGACAGUGCCCGACAAGAUCAAGGGCGUCUGGAAAUCUGAGGUGGAGAGGCUUGUUGCUGCCGGGAAGCUCAAGGAGGGCGAGGCCAAGACGCUUGGUGCUUGA